AUGUUCAUGGAUAUAAAAAGGAGAGAAUUGAUCUUUAUCCGGGCAACUGCUAUGAUAAUACUCCUGCUAGCCCCUCAUCAUCAGGCAAAGGGAGAGUUGUUUUAUGAAUAUAUCGGCAAUGGAACAGAGCCUGGAGAAUGCAUACGGGAAGGUGUUGUACUAACUCUUGCAUGCACUGUCAAAGAUGUCGAAGGUACUGGAGCAACAGUAUGGACUGGGAGCGACCCAAUAUUUGAUUGCCCAAGUGCUAAUAGUAUUUCAGAUAGGCAAGUGUAUUUAGUUCAUCGAGUUUUUCAAAACCCUGCUGUUCCAGAUCCAAAGUUUUUUUGUACUGAUAAUGUUGUUGGUCAAGUUGUUGAGUACAACGGCACUCAUUAUACAUCAACACUUGCUGUGUCUACCACUCGGCAAAUGAAUGCUGGAGUGAUCUCUUGUAGCUCUUACUAUGAAACUGAAAUUACUGGUGACGCACAGAUAUCUGUUGGAGUUGUCCCAGCACCUCCUGCACAAAUCGAUGUGGUAUUCAAUGACAGAGAAAGAGAAUUUAAAAUUAGUUGGAGCAUGCCAGAUAUAUUGGGAGGUAUUAGGAACUAUUUAACAGAGAUAGUGGGAAAUGACUGUGGUACCUGCAGCAAUAUUAUUAGCAGUUUGCAAGAAGACGAGGUGCUGUGUUCUGAUUGGAUCCCUGAUGGACAGGUGUGCAAUGUGACGGUGAAAACUGUUUCAGCUGACUGCGGAUUUUUGAGCACUGUUCCUACAGCCAGGCAAAUAUACUUGAAAUAUCCUGAUGCACCUGUUAUAAAGAUGAUUCUACCCACAUACUCAAUUAAAAAAGAACUUGAAUCCCUAUCAGUGAUUAUGAUGCUGACAGAAGGAACAUUUGAUGCAAAUGGAUUGCUGAUUACAUAUGGUGUAUACCUAGAAGAUGUGAUGUCUGGAAAUGUCUGUGUUAAACUGGCAAGUAGAGAGUGUGAUGUUUAUAAUUGUGAAAUAAAGAUUGUAAUGUCUGAGGACUGUUUAAUGAAAAAAGAGAGCCUGUUUUCGAUUAAGGUUUUCGCUAAAACAAUGAUCGGUCAGUCAUUGAGCAGCCCACACCUGGAUCUAAUCAAUUCCCAAAACAAAUUCAUCGAACUCAGCAUGGUGGUAAAAGACGAUUUUACUCUCUUUGUAACAGAAUUUACCAACACUUCUUUCAAAUUAUCAACUUCUGUGCAAUACGGGCUUUGUCACAGUAAUGCGCUGAACUUACAGAAGCAAGUAUCCAGUGCUAAUGAUUCUGCAAUUUGUGUUGUUAUAAAUGAUCUACCUUCAAGAGAGGAGUCGUGUUUUAUCGCAACUUGUAUGACAGACAGUAUCAAUUAUCCCAUCAAUAUUCGAGGAGAGCUUAAAGAUACUACAAGUGUGGAUCUAUUGACUCCUAUUACUACCGCUGGAGUUAUUUUAGCACUCUCAGUCAUUUUCAAUUUUGCUAUUCUAUUCGGAUGCUUGACUUUAUUAGUAUCGAGAUUUAAAGCAAGGGUACAGUUUAAAGCAAAGGUGCAGUCUGAUAUUAAAGAACAGAGCGGGAGCAACACUGAUCCUGUCUAUGAAGUGGUUUUGCCUACAAAUGAUGAAAGUGCUCCAGUAGUAGUUCAGAAAAAUCUCUGUUACAGUGCUACUACUGCAUUGUAAAGAAAGUGCAGGGUGUCACAUAUAUAUAUACUCAUAAUUUUUGUACUACUUCAUUCAAUUCAGUCACAUGCAGGACCCCAAACUUGUAGUUCUAUAAUUAUAUAUAUGCACAUUUAGUUGUUUCGUUUUCAUAGUGUUUGAAAUGCACAUGCAUAAUUAUUAAAUUGACAACAAU